GGAAAUAACAACACUGCUAAUGCUACGAGGGGCAAGCCUACAAGUUGAGAGCGACCAAAACAAACGAGACGACAGAGCUAAGAAGCCAUUAAGGGCUGUGUUAUGACAAUAGUACGUUUGCCUUAAUGGAUGUGAAAUUAGUUUAGGUUUGGUAUCCACAUUAUAUCACUUUGGAUGAGGAAUUCCGCGAUCUGGAGUGCCGCCUGUUCCGUUUCAGGGCUCUGUAUGCUAACCAUUCUUUAGCUUUAGCAACAGCUGUGGUAGCUGUCGGCGUUGUUGUCAAGAACUCAUUUAGAGAUUGCUUGGUGUUGUUCACGCCACGUAAUCACUGAUAGCCAAAAUGCGGACGUUUAAUCGGCUGUCCCUCACUUGUUGACACCGCGUAUCUUUAAAUCGCCGUACGUCGUGGAUGUAGCUUUCUAUGUUUGUAGCCAAGAUGAGUUGGUUCAACGCAUCUCACUUGUCCACUUUCGCCAAACAAGCAUUAACAACAGCUCAGAAAUCAAUCGAUCGAGUCUUGGACAUAAAAGAAGAGGGCCAGUGGAGUGACACGGCUGUCAUGUCUUAUGACGAUGUGACAUUGCCUGCCAAGCUGUCAUUAAGUGGAGGGUGGGGGAUGACCCAGUGGGAAGCACCACCUGAAGAAAAUAUUCCCACCCCUCCUUCUCCCUCUGCUGCCAUUACUACACCUGUCACCCGCACAGUUAUGGAUGAAUCAGAAAACUUUUUUAGUGCCUUCCUGUCACCUGGAGAUACACAAGUGGGCACCAAAUCCAAUGUAGUGUCUGUACCACCUACAAAGUCUCAAAGGCAGUCUCAGGAAAAUGACAAUAACAUCAAGAAUGCUGCGGCCCAAGAAGAGGUGGAGGUCCAAAAGACCGUGUCAGAUGAUAAUGCCCAUAAUAAUCGGACAGUUGUGGAUGGUCAGCAGGUGGAGAUUGAAUCCUCACAUGCAGACACCAUUCUCCUCCAGCCAGUCUUUCCCGUUGUAAGUUGUGAACUAGCCUCUAGUUCAGACAACAAGAAGACUGAUACAAGUAAAGUAAAACCAAACACUGACACCCAAGUGUCUGUAGGCUCAAUGACGGAGUGGUCACAGAUUCCAGCUGAAGACCCUGUUGAGAAAAACAACCCUGAUUCCUCUAAACCAUGUACUUUUUCCUCUGAAUCUAAAAAGUCCACACAAUCUCACCCACCAGCCUCCCAAUCUCAAAAGGAGGUACAUUCAGAGCAGAAAGACUCAAAGCCUGAGGACCGUCAGAGUGAUACCCCGUCUCCUCCAGUUAGUGCCUUCUCUUCAGGAACAUCUACCACCAGUGACAUUGAAGUGCUGGAUCACGAGAGUGUGUUGAGUGAGAGCUCUGCCGGGUCCAGGCAAGAGACGGGAGAAGGAAAGGCUGGACUUCACUUAAUGCAUGGCUCAUUCCAACUUCUCUCCGCUUCUGCCUGUGGAGAUUUCCCCCGUCUGGAGGACUAUACAAAACUCACAGAGAGUUGCGGUUCUUCCUCAGAUGCAUUUGAACGCAUUGAUUCUUUCAGCGUACAGUCGCUGGAUAGCCGGAGUGUCAGCGAGAUUAACUCUGAUGAUGAGGUCCCUGGCAGUCGGACGCUCGCUUCUGUUACUUCGCCCGCAGCCCCUCCAGCAGAUGUUCCACCAGGUGUAUGUGAGAAGCAGGAAGAUGAAGUUGUGGAAAAGGCUGGAGAGUCAGAAGAGGAGAAGGAAGAGUAUUUCCCUGGAGCUGUGAGGGAGCAGUCUCUGGACGAGAUGGAGGAGAGCGGCCGGAGUGUGACGCCUGUGAAUAGUGAACAGCCUGAAGACUUGACUGAGCAGAAACAGGAAUCUGAGGCGAACAUUACACCGUGUGAUCCCACCGCCAAUACAGAAGAUGAGUUCACUCCACCAAUCACAGAAGAAAUGAAAAGUGUCUCAACCGUUCAGUUUUUGGAGCUUCAAAAGGUCAUUGAUGAGCUGUCAGGCCGCCUUGAAAAGAGAGAGUCUCAGCUGCUUGCGGUCAGCAAGGACAAGGCUCGACUGGAUGAAGAGUGUGACAAUCUCAGAGAUGAAGUAAUAAGUCUGAAGGAGGAGAGCUCCACUGUUCAGUCCUUAAAGGAUGAGUUCACGCAGCGUAUAGCAGACACCGAAAGGAAGGCUCAGCUGGCUUGCAAAGAGAGAGAUAUAGCCAAGAAGGAGAUCAAGGGCCUGCGAGACGAGCUUAUGACAAGACUGAACUCUGGUGACAUAGUGGAGCUUGUCAGAGAGAAGGAAGAGCAGAUCAGAGGCCUGUUGGAAGAAGGGGAAAAGUUGUCUAAGCAGCAGCUGCAGCACAGCAACAUCAUCAAGAAACUGCGCGUGAAGGAGAAGGAGAGUGACACAAGACUUGCCAAGCAACAGAAAAAAAUUAAAGAGCUGGAGGAUGAGCUAAGGCACAUGCAGCAGGUUUUGGAGGGUAAAGAAGAGGUAGAGAAACAACAUAGGGAAAACAUCAAGAAGCUGAACUCAGCUGUGGAGUGUCAGGAGAAGGAGUUGAGCAGGCAGCAGAAAGACUCUGAGGAGCUGCACGAGAAGAACAGAAGUCUCCAAUCGGCUCUUGACAACUCCUACAAGGAGCUAGCAGAACUUCACAAGGCCAAUGCCAGCAGAGCCAGUGAGGUUGAAGAGGCAGCUCUAAGUAGGGAGAUACAAGCCAAGAAGUUGCUAAGCUUGGCCCUUGAGAAGGCCCAGGAUGAGGCCAGGAUACAGCAGGAGGCUCUAGCCAACCAGGUGGCCGACUUGAGAUUGGCUCUUCAGAGGGCGGAGCAACAGCAGGCAAGGAAGGAAGAUUAUUUAAGAGAGGAAAUCAGUGAAUUGCAGCAGAGGCUUCAGGAUGCAGAGACAAGGAACCAGGAGCUCAGCCAAAGCGUUACCUCAGCAACAAGGCCUUUGUUGCGUCAAAUAGAGAACCUACAAGCUUCACUGGGUGGACAAACUGCAUCCUGGGAAAAACUAGAAAAGAACAUAUCGGACAGGCUUGUGGAAUCCCAGGCACAACUUGCUGUUGCAGUGGAGAAGGACCGCUCAACAACAGAAGAGCUGCUCUCUGUCAAAUGCCAGCUGGCCUCUCUUGAGUCCCAGAAUUCCUUGCUUCGCCAGGAAAAGGUCAGACUCCUUGCACUUGUGGAGACUGAGAAGAACAGAAGAGAGAAAUUGGAAGAUGACAGUGGCAGAGAGCAUAUUGAGUUGGCGAAUCUGCAAGGAGAACACAGUCGCAUGCUGGAAGAAGCAAAGAAAGAAAAGCUGCUGCUCACAAAUCAAAUAGAGAUGGAGAAAAUGAAGGUUGAACAAGAGAAGAAAAAGUGUUACUUAGCACAAGAGGCACUCAAGGAAAAGGAGCACAAAAGCAUAACUCACGAUGCCCCAGCUUCUUCCACACCCUCACUGUCCCGCUCUAGCUCCGUUAGUGGGGCUGACAAUGCUGGUCUGCACUCCUCUAUUUUCUCUCAGGAUGACUUGUUAGACCAGCCACUGGGCAGUGGAACAAUGUCUAUGUCAAUGAGUGGGACCAACUUGUAUGAAGCUGCCAGGCUGUCUGGUGGCUCCACCAUCAUAGAGAAUCUCCAGUCUCAACUCAAACUGAGGGAAGGAGAUAUAGUACAGCUACAGCUUGAGAUUUCUAGUCUGGAGAGGAGUCGUUCUGUAUUGGCAGAAGAGUUGGUUCGACUCACCAAUCAAAAUGAUGAAAUGGAGGAGAAGGUAAAAGAGAUCCCCAAGCUGAGAGUUCAGCUCAAGGAUCUGGAACAGAGGCACAACACAAUCUUGCAGAUGUAUGGAGAAAAAGCUGAAGAGGCAGAGGAGCUCAGGCUAGACCUUGAGGAUGUAAAGAGCAUGUAUAAAACCCAAAUUGAUGAACUGCUGAAGAACCAGAAGUAAAGUCUAUUGCGCUCAUAUUUUAUGUAAGACUUUCACAAACCAUGUGAAGCACCUCAAAAAAAUGAAGUCAGCAUUUGGACGUAAAAAUAUGAAUAAUCUGAAUUGCAAAUUGUUAGUUAAUGAUGCAGCCUUUAAGCAAGGGUGUGAUGAAAAUGGGUUACCAAAUCCGUAUGAAAGAGACACUAAUUGUACAAAUUGUAGGCAUUCCGAUGAGAACUAUUAAAAACACGCUUCUUUGUACACCCACGUCUGACACAGCACUAUCGACAUUCCCAUCGUAACCCUGUUGAACAUACAGUAUAUUACUGAUCAUUUUAAGCAGCGCUAUUCACCAGCUGCUGCUAAACACCAAAUCAGGGAAAUUCUUAAUGAGCGAUAGAGUUCAUCCUGCCAGUGGGGUAACCAGGACUUGCCGACUCCAUCUCACCAAGAGUUGAUGUCGUUGGAACUGCUCAUGGUGGCCCAGCACCUCAGACAUGAUUUUUCCUUUAAAUUUGUCAUCCGUCUGAAGCUUCUCUUGAAUAUUUGCAAAGGUAUUUGUGAAGGUUUUGCACUGCACACAUUCUACUAUACUAUUCUACUACUUCAUAUUAUAACAUAGUUUUUAUGGUUUAACAGUUACAUCAAAAGAUGUACAGAACAUUUUUUGUUUAUUCCUAAUUCCUUAUUAAACAGAAAAGUCAGUAUACUGUUAUUGAAAUCCAAAGGGGUGAAAUUAAAACUGUAUAAAUGUAAAUUAAUAAACAUUUAUUUGAGUGGUGAGAAAAAGACAUCCUUGGUAUUAAUU